AAUUAUCAGUUGAUAUAUGAUUCAAGUGACCUUUCUUCUUCUCUCGUAAUUUAUUGUAUUUUGGCUAAAUAAAUGUCAGCUGUUUGAGUUGUUGAAUUAAAUUUCACUUCGUUUCUUUUCGAUAAUAUUUUGGGCAUGCAUUUAUUUUAUUAAAAAAUUAAUUUGGUAAAUCGAGCUUUUUACAACUGAAAUGAACCAAUCGAAUUCGUUUUUAACGCCUGUGCGUUAUGUUGACAGCCGCGCGAAAUCUCCAGCGAUCAAGCACGAUGCCAAUUUAGCCAGUUGUAAGGCUAAACUGGAAGUGCUAGUAACCGAUCUGCAAAAUAAUUAUGCCAAAUGGCAAAUGGCUCAACAGCGCGGCACAUCGCUCUGCUACGCAAUUGAAGCAAAAAAGACGCGAUGCUACGAUAGUGCAGAAUGCGGCUACUACCCAGAGGAUCUGCAUAAGAGCUGUGACAAAUUGGCCAUUAUAACAUCUAUAUUUGUUGAUAUAUUUACAAACACGCGUGAGAUCCUGCGACAACUGCGUGCACUAACUUUGCUAGCGGGCAUCACAUCGAAUGUGUUAUUUUAUAGAACUUGGAAGUUAACGGAAUUCGUAUCCUUUACCGAGGAACUGGUAAAACGUUACAAAAAAGAAUCGUUGGUAAAACAACAUGUGAUGCGUACCAUUGCUCACUCCACUAGUCGAGCCCAAUUGAUGGCUUACACUACUGAGUGGGAGUUUCCUGAACAUGUUGAUGCUUACGUAAAUUUGGUAUUUCUGCUGCUUGCAGAGGAGAUUAAGUCAUAACAAAGUUAAUGUUUG